GUGGUUGUUCUUGUUAUUGUGGCUGUCAUUCUGUUUUUUGUACUGCGUCAGCGACCACAACAAGAACAACCACAACCGCGAAAAAAGGUGCCGAUGGAUACUGUGGAGUCUCAAUCCACAAGUAAUACAACCACAGUGGAGACUACUUCGAACCCUCUGACAACAACUACUACGACUGAAGUUACAACAAAUUCUGCUGUAUCUAGAAAUACAGCUAGAUCUGUACAAAGUGGUGAUAACGCCUGGAACAGUGAUGAUAUUCAUUAUGGCCACUCUCAAACACGUCUUGCAAUGCAGUCCCUUGAGAGAAUGACACCCACCACUGUUACCGCCGCAGUUGAAGUGAAAGAGCACCGUAACGUACUCCCUCGUGUAACGCUGGAUGAGGCUCCUUCCAGACGUGUUGCCGCUCCUCCAGCUAAGGAUGUAUUGCGACAAAAACACUUUUUGAGACGCCCACUUCCCGAUGCCAAUCAAUCUUUGGGUAAAACGCCUAUCACAUCUUAUGUGCUGGGAACUCCAAACUGCACACCACAUCAGGUAUCAAGUGAAACUCUGUUGACGACUCCCGUUGAAACUGAAGUUGUGCGUAAGACUGGGGAAGAGCAAAUGACCUCUACAACAAUGAAACGUCAGUCUGACAAUGCAAUGAUGACGCUUCGCAAUGCGGUUGGUUCUCACCCUGAUCCUGGCGCAGAGAAGAAUGCUGAAGAGAGUCACUCAGCAACGCCCCCUGUCCCUCUCUACUCUGAAGGAGCGGAUAGAUUUUCAACUCUCAUUGAUGAGAAUUUUUUUUGGUAUGAUAGUGAGGAUGAUAUGGCCCUUGAACGGAAAUUUAGUUUUUCUAUUGAUUCCAGCCAUCGGGAUCAGCUUCGCAGAUGCCGGGGGAAGAAUGCCAUUACGGUACCUUUCUUUAGUGGUACUCACAAUGAGGAGUAUACUGAAGGGUGCCACUCAGCAACUCUCCCUGUCCCUCUCUACUCUGCGAGAGCAGACACAUUCCCAGUUCGCAGUGAAACUAAUGUUGUCCAUUAUGAUAAGGGUGAUGGUGAUAAAACUCCUGAUGGUACAGAUGAGUCUCCUGAUGUUUGUAUCGAUCAGCAGCAGUCUGUCAGGUUGUCGUCAUUACCUUUAGACAAUUACCCUUUACCUUCUAAUGCUGUGGCAUGUGAAAAUACAGUUGCUUCUGUACAAAAUAAUGUUAGCAACAACAGUGUUUUUAAUCUCAGUUUUCUUAACAACCAUCAGUCUUCGGGUGACGCUUUGUUAAGCGAACAAAAUUUGAGGGAGACACCUGCACUUCUUCGCAACACAAGUGAACCGUAUUUAUAUACCGCUCCUGCAGAAGGUGAUAGUGAUUAUGAUAAUUAUAAUAAUAAUAAUAAUAAUGACAGUGAUGAAAACCAUCGCGACAAUGAAAAUUACGAUGAUGAUGACAGUGAUGAAAGCCAUCGCGAUAAUGAAAAUUACGAUGAUGAUGAUUAA